CAACUCCCGAUCUAGCAAGGUCAAAACCCUAGUACGCUAACUCCGGCGGCCGCCGUCCCCCUCACGAGCGACGCGACCUCCACCCAUCCCCUCAAGCGAGGCCCAACAAUGGCUCCGCGGCGGAGCGGCGUGGCCCGGCGGAUGGAUGCCGCGAUCGACCACUUCGGCCAGAUGGGCUACCGCAAGGCCGAUGUCUGCAGCGUCGUCAACAAACUGCUCAAGGUGUAUGGGAAGGAUGGGUGGUCGUUCCUGGAGGACGGUUGCUACCUCGUGGUGCAGGAAGCACUCUUUGAGAUGCAGGAGGAGGAGGAGAAGUUGCAGCUGCAGGUGUUGCCGGAGCAGCAGCUGGAGCAGUAUGAGGAUGAUGAUGGUGGUCGUGAUGAGGAGGAGGAAGCUCAGCUGGAGGAGGAGGAGAAGUUGCAGCUGCAGGUGUUGCAGGAGCAGCAGCUGGAGCAGCAUGAGGAUGAUUAUGGUGGUGGUGAUUAUGAGGAGGAAGCUCAGCUGGAGCUGCUGCAGGCGGGGGUGGAGGAGGAUCAGCCUCUAGAGCUGAUGCAGGCAGAGAAGGAGGAGGAUGAGCCUCUGCAAUUGGAGGAGCCGCAGCAGGAGGAGGUGGAGGAGAAGAAUGAGGCGCAGCAAGUUAAGCGCCAAUUUAAGUUAUAG